GCAGUUACCAUUUUGGAUGGAGGCUCGCCCGCACGGUGAACCAGCUCACUUUGGUAGAUUGAUGGCAUGAUCUUUUCCACGUUAAAACCACAGAGCUUGAUCCAUGCGCUCUUCCAGUAGCCCCCGUUCACUUGGAGAAGAUGAAUAACAGAUAUUUCGAUGCGAACACACCAAAGGUGGCGGCGGUUGUGGGCUUUUACAUGUCCGCCGCACUGGUGAUGGUUUUUGUGAACAAAGCCGUCCUUAAUAGCUCACCAGAUCUACCGCUGCUCUUUCUCCUGCUGCAGCUGCUCAUCGCAGUCUUGCUCCUCCACGUGGCAGCUAUGUUCAUCCCGCGUGUCGAGAUACCCAAGAUCGAGCUCGAGACCGCCAAGAAGCUCGCACCUGUAGUCCUUGUCAACAUCAUUGGACUCAUUUUCAAUACGUUAUGCCUUCGUGAUGUCGAGGCCAGUUUCUUCCAGAUUGCGCGUGGCCUUGUCCUACCUCUGACCAUCCUUGUAUUCUCCGCGCAUACUCACACUGUGCCUUCUGUUCGAGUUGGAAUUGCUGCCGGGACAGUUGCCAUAGGUUUCUUGCUCGGCGUGGCGCCGUCUGCCAUGGUGCCGGCCAACGCUGCGCCUUCAAGUCUUUCUCUGUUCUACGGCUUCCUUUCGUCGCUUUUCAUUGCUUUCCAUGCUGUUCUUAUCAAGUCAUCCCUCCCUUAUUGCAACAACUCAACCAUACAACUUGCAUACUGGACCAACUUAGGCUCUGCAAUUUUUCUUUUCCCUUUUGUCUUGCUUUACAGAGAAAUUUCCACUCUUGAGGACCUUAUGCACGAUUCGAACUGGGACGGGCGUGUGUUUCUAUGGGGGAGCAUCGUGACCGGCAUUUUCGGUUUCUUACUUUGCAUCGCCGGCCUGCUGAGCAUCAAGGUUACAAGUCCUAUUACACACAUGUUCUCCAGCGCUUUAAGAUCAGUUAUCCAAACCCUGUUGGGUGUCUGGCUAUUCAAAGACAUAAUGACGGUCAAUCGCGCAGGUUCUAUUCUCGUUAUCAUGAUAGGCACCAUUUAUUACACCUGGGUCAAAUCAUUGGAAGCCGCACCUCCGCCGCGCAAGGAUGUUGACCUCGAGGCUAUAGGAAAUAGGAAGCAUCAGGAAGAUUCUGAUGAUGGCGAGGUUACGGUGGUUUUCGGAGUGCCGGAGGAGGAGGAGAAGGUGUAAGAAGUUGUCCCUAGACACGAGUGUCCUUCUAAUAGACACGGAAAAUUGCCACGAGUGAUCAUCACAGCGUGUACGUUGCUACCCGAGACGAUUCUUAAUGGACCACGUACUACUCUUACUUACCAUCAAUGCACAGUUACGGACACUUACAGUCUUACAUACUAGUCGUUAGCUAUAUCUAUUUUGUUUGCGUGCCU